AACACUCUCCUAUAACAAACCAUGAAACUCUGAUCCCUUCGUCGACACAGUUCUCUAGCCGCCCCUCACCCCCUCCCUUAUUUUUAUGAUUUGAUUUAAUUCUUGGAUGGAAUAGUAGUCUCUCCUCCUACUGGCGGCUAUCGGAAACGGAGUGCAGCUCGUACGCUCAACUUUCUCCGAUGGCCACUUCUGAACCACAGUCGGAUUCUCACAAAAUUCCAACGGGUGAGUCAACUCGGAGCGAAGAACAAAUUACAAUUUUCUAUAAUGGACAAGUUUUUGUUUGCGACGUGAUGGAACUUCAGGCUAGGGCCAUAAUUUUGUUGGCAGCUAGAGAAAUGGAAGGAAGAGACAGAUCAAUGUGGUCCAGCGCAGCAUUGCUUGCAUUGCACUAUCAAAUUUAUGGGCCUCCAGGUGUGUCCCUGAAGAGGUCUCUUCAAAGCUUUCUCCAAAAGAGAAAGCAAAGAAGUCAAGCAGCUUCUCCAUACAACUCCACCACCAACCUAUGACUAUAUCUCAUCAAAUAUUAUUUUAUUAUUUUAGGCAGUUUAAUUAAUAUUAGAGAUCAAUUCAUGUAUCUUUUUCAUAAGAACUCAUAGUGAUGAACUGCGUUUUAACCACUUUUAAUCAUGUUUAUUUUUCAUAGUUUUCUAGCCAUUGAACUUAGGUAUGUAUGUAUUCCUUUUUCGACCCGUUGUACUUGUACCUAGCCAUUGUAUGUAUUUCAUUGUACGAACAAACAUUGUACACUUAUAUAUUGUACUCUUUACACACAAAUGAAAUCAAGAAAAAUCGAAUCAAGA